CAUUGCCAUAGGCCCACGUUCGCUUUGUCGUCUUCUUUCAAAUUUGUAUGUUUUAGAAGCAAAAACUCUCUUCUUUAUAUAGUCUCAGCCUGUUCCAAUCUGCAGUAUUGGCAGCCGAAUUCCAAAGCUCUGAGAUUUCUCUCUGAAUUCCUCUUUAGUCAGGAAUUAGGAGUGUUCAUUGGAGCAAAACAACAUUUCUGGGGGGGAAAUGCAGUUUCCCAGGACUUUUUUGAUUAUUUCUUCUGGAUUGCUCCUUUGCUCCUCUUUCACAUAUGGGCAAAAGGCUAGUCCUCCAGCUCCGGUGGCAAUGACCCCAACUCCGACACCAGCACCAGCUCCAGCUCCAGCACCGGAAUAUGUAAACAUCACUUAUUUCCUCUCCGUGGCCGGUCCGUUUCAAACAUUCCUUAAUUACCUCGAAUCAACUAAACUCAUUGACACCUUCCAAAACCAAGCCAACAACACUGAAGUAGGCAUUACGAUUUUCGUACCCAAAGACAGUUCAUUCAAGGGUCUUAAGAAGCCAUCAUUGUCCAAUCUCACCAAUGACCAGCUUGAAUCACUCAUCCUUUUCCAUGCCUUGCCCAAGUACUAUGCCCUUGCCGACUUCAAUGAGCUCAGUACAAAAAGCCCUGUCAGUACACUUGCUGGUGGCCAAUACACAUUGAAUUUCACCGAUGAUUCCGGCACCGUGCACCUCGAUUCAGGGUGGAGCAGAACGAAGGUCUCCAGCGCCGUACAUUCGACCGAUCCAGUCGCGAUAUAUCAGGUCGAUAAGGUACUUCUUCCAGAGGCUAUCUUUGGUAGUGAUAUUCCUCCUAUGCCAGCACCAGUUCCUGCUCCUGUUAUUAGCCCUGCAGCGGAUGCUCCAUCGGCAGAUUCGAAAGAAGGCAGUGCUUCCUCGAAGUCUUUGCCUUCGAGCUCGUCUUCAACUAGGCUUGUGGGGUUGAGCUUGAGCACUUGGAGUCAUCUGGUCUUGGCAAUCUCUGGUGGAUUGGUUCUGCUUUUCUAAGAUAAAAGACUUCAUUGGGCGUAAUUUAUGUUCAUGGAUGAGUUCCUAAAUUUACUUCGUUUUCUAAAACCAUUUUUUGUAUGUUAUUAAGAUUGUGUUAAGAGGAAGAAGGAACAUUGCUAUGUUAUAAUUACUAUCUGAAUUUAAAUGGCGUUUUGCA